AUGUACGAACUAUAUACCCGUCGUCCAGCGACAUUCGACGCUUGCACUGAUGUCACUGAUCUCUGCCCUGUUGAAGCAACAGUCCUAGGUUAUGUUCCCAACAAGGGUUCCAGCUAUUUCUUCACCAUCUGUUUCGCGGUCUUGUUCCUCUCUGCUGUGGGAAUAGGUAUUUGGAAGCGAACAUGGACGUAUGCUGCAACAUUGGGAGCAGGUUUACUGCUUGAAACUGUCGGCUACAUUGGCCGCGUACAAAUGAACCCUAAUCCCUGGAAACAAUCGGCCUUCCAGACUCAGAUUUGCUGCAUCAUUAUCGCCCCGACCUUCAUCUGCGCCGCCAUAUACCUCACGCUCAAGCACGUCGCCUUGGCUCUCAACCCAUCUCUGUCACGAUUCCACCCUCGCUGGUAUCCGAGAGUGUUCCUUCCCGCCGACUUGUCAUGCCUCAUCAUCCAGGCUAUCGGUGGUGGUAUCGCAGCGGCAGCCAAGCGUGACCAGCCCGACCUGGCUACCAACGGUAACAGAACUAUUAUCGCCGGUGUUGUUCUCCAAGUCGUUGUUCUGCUCGCCUUCGGUACCAUGGGAGCCGACUACUACCUCCGCGUGAAGAAGUACAUUCACAGCCCAGAGGUUGCCCCUGACUCGCUGCGCGUCUGGCAGGAUAAGAAAUUCCGGCUGUUUGGCAUCGCUGUUACGGUCGCUUACUUUUCCAUUCUCACACGUUGCAUCUACCGAAUUGCAGAGAUGGCUGGUGGUUGGGGUAACCACAUCAUGCAGGAUGAGCCUAGCUUCCUUGUACUUGACAGCACUCUUAUCCUUGUGACAGGCUUCUGCUUGACUGCUUUUCAUCCUGGCAUCUUCUUCCCCCAGAUGGCGGCUAAUAUGCGACGAAACAAGACCACUGAGGGUGAGGCGCCCGCUGAGUCUUCCAGUGAGGAGAGAAAGGUUGAGAACACCCGAAAUGCUUAA